UCCAUCAGCCAUCGAGCAGCGAGAGCAUUAUAAUAUCCAAAUUUUCGAAGUUCGCAUAAAAAUCUUACAAACCAUUAAAGGGCAGCCAAACGUGUGGCCUCUUAAUUAAAGGAUCUGUCGUUCGACAAGGGGAUUACACCAUUAACAGCUGUCGAGCGGCAUAAACUCGGCAAUCAUAGCGAUACGAACUGGUAUUCAAAAAAUCAACACGCGUUGGAGAGCGGGACGAGCAUUCAGCCCAUCUGCAGACCGACAUCCUGGCAUCCCGCUCGUAUUUCCGGUGUGCGCGCGUUCGCUCCGCGAUUGUGAUAACUUGGAAAAUACUCAGAUACAAAGUACAAAAACGCAAAAAAAGAAAAUGUCCGCCUGCUAAUGUUGGAUGGUGAAAUUUGCGUACAUGCAAACGCAAGUCCUGGGCCCAAGUACAAAUAAUAAAUAAUAAAUGAGGCGUGUGCAGGCCGUUUAUAAUGUCUGACAAGGCAAAAGUUGAUGAUGUUCUGUAGAUGCGACCGUUUCGAUAACGAAAUCUAUUCCCCCAAAAGAUCUUAAAGCUGCUGGGGUUCCAGUUUCAGUUUCUGUUUUUCGCUUUUGAGGGUACUUUAAGCCAGAGACAGGACAAGUCGCACUUUGUAUGGCAUAAAUUUCGUUGGCAUAAAUCAAAAUCCAGCAACUUCCGACGAGGGCAGAGUGCAAAAAUUUGCAUGCCCUGUGUGUGCUAACUGCAGACUGGCCGAAAAGGGCCAGUAAACAAUGGUUCGCCUCCCCUGUCCCAGGCCAGCUGGACAUUAGAGAGCCACGCUCAAAUGGCCGCCACCCACGCACAGUUCAACGCUCAUACGCAACGUUGGCCCAGUCCAAAAACCGGGACUGUACACACAAUAAAUAACGAGCCAGAUAAUUAUGCCCGUCGUGUUUAUAUCUAGGGGAGCCCCAGAGCUCCAAAGCAGCCACUAUUAAUUAUGCCAGCCAUUCGGGGGAUUCGGGGGGUACUUGUUUAACGUGUUAGAGCCAUGGCAAUUAGAGCGAUUGUUUGGCCCGAGAGGCAUUCUUAAAAUUGCAGUCUUUAAUUGUGGGCCAGGCGUUGGCGUUAUGAUUUAUUAAUAUCUUGUUCUGCAUUUUGCCAUGAGAGUCAAGUGGAAUCCCUUGUUUAGCCAACAGCCAGCCAUCGAGGCUCCCCCGGCGUGCGCCAUGUACGAGAACUCGUGUUCGUAUCAGACGGCGCUGGACCUGAAGCGAGUCUCGCCGCCCACUCUCGCCCAGGUGAAGACGGAGGACUGCCUGACCCUCGGACAGUGUUCUCCGGACUGGACCUCGUACCGCUUCCACCAGUCCACCUUCGAGCAGCUCAAACAGAGCGUCGAAAAGGCCAAGGCGGCCCUUCAGGACCGCAGCAGUUUCUUCGGGGCCAGCAGUGCCUUCAGUGACAUCUACUCCAGCCAGCGCUUGACGGACACCUUGGACACCCUGCCCGUCCAGUCGGGAAACGGGGCUGGCAACUGCCUCGGCCUCCCACACAAUCCCAAUGUCGGAGUGGGCGUGGCCGGGGUGCUCAACUACAAUGCGGUUAGCAGCAGUACGGCCGGAGUGCUGGGCAGCAGCGGGAACGGUGUGCAGAGGCACCGGCUGGACACUCUGCAGCCUCCGCCCGGCUGCUCCCCCGCCGUCACCCAGCACGGCGUCAUCACGUCCAGUGCCGGACAGGUCACGUCCGGAACUCUGGAUGCGGUGAGUGCGGCUCCGGCACUUCCAUCGUUAACGGCGGCCAGCUCCUCGCAUGUGGAGCACAAAGUCCGGGCAGAUAAAUCCUCGCUGGACUGCGCCACCACAGCCUCGCAUGCGGCGGUGCCCUCGUCCUCGUCCUCGACCAGCGACCAUCAGCAGGGCAGGAUCAGCGGCAGCAAGAGCAGCAGCUCCAGUGGCGCCGGAGCAGGGGGAUCUGGAGCAUCGGGAGGCGGCUCUGCACUGUAUUCCUCGUACAAAUCGUCGUGGGGCUCCCACAGUUCGACACAAUCGCAAGGUUACAGCUCGAACGCCUUGGGCAUCAAACAUGAUCCGCACUCACAACUACGGCAACCUGAUCCAUAUCAAAUGUUCGGACCCACCAGCAGCAGACUGGCCAGCUCAGGCUCUGGCCAGAUCCAACUGUGGCAGUUCCUGCUGGAGCUGCUCUCAGACUCCAACAACGCCAGCUGCAUCACCUGGGAGGGCACCAACGGCGAGUUCAAGCUCACCGAUCCCGACGAGGUCGCCCGCCGAUGGGGCGAGCGGAAGUCCAAGCCCAACAUGAACUACGACAAGCUCAGCCGCGCCUUGAGGUAUUACUACGACAAGAACAUAAUGACCAAGGUGCACGGCAAGCGGUAUGCGUACAAGUUCGACUUCCAAGGCCUGGCAGCCGCCACUCAGCCGGCGGCCAGUGAUCCCACCUACAAGUACCAGAGCGACUUGUUCAUGACACCAUAUCACCACAGCGCCAAGCUCAGCUCGUUCAUGAGUCCGCACCACGGCAUGACCUCAUCAUCGGCCUCAAUCUUCCCGUCGGCCGCCUCAUGGGGCAACUGGGGCAGCCCGGCCACUAACCUUUACCAGCCGCACUCUAUGAGCCACGUGACCCCCUCCCACGUGGCGCCCCACCUGAGCAGCUAUCCCCACUACGCAUGACCAUCAUCGUCCGGUGGCGCCUUCUAAUAUG